CGAGCCCGUAAAUUGGAAACCGGAAGUGUCCAGGGGGACGAUAAUAAAGUUACGUCGAGCUUGAGCGCCACUAAGCCAUUCCCUUUCUCGGUGCUGACUGACUUUUUCCAAAGGUGGCGAAAACGGGGGCGGGCCUGGCACUAUGGCUUUCCCUCAGCCCAAGCCGCGGGCCCCGGAGCUGCCGCGGAAGCAGUUGAAGACGCUGGACUGCGGCCAAGGGGCCGUGCGAGCCGUGCGAUUUAAUGCGGAUGGCCAUUACUGCCUGACGUGCGGCAGCGACAAGACCCUCAAACUGUGGAACCCGCUACGGGGGACGCUGCUGCGGGCGUACAGCGGUCACGGCUAUGAAGUGCUGGACGCGGCCGGGUCCUUUGACAACAGCCAUCUCUGCUCCGGCGGCGGGGACAAGGCGGUGGUGCUAUGGGAUGUGGCAACUGGACAGGUUGUGCGCAAAUUUAGAGGCCACGCGGGGAAGGUGAACACCGUGCAAUUUAAUGAAGAGGCCACAGUCAUCCUGUCUGGGUCUAUUGAUUCCAGUAUACGCUGCUGGGACUGCCGAUCUAGGAGACCAGAGCCUGUGCAGAAGCUGGAUGAAGCCAGGGAUGGCAUAUCCAGUGUAAAGGUGUCAGACCAUGAGGUCCUGGCAGGCUCCGUGGACGGCCGCUUGAGGCGCUAUGACCUGAGGAUGGGGCAGCUCUUCUCAGACUAUGUGGGCAGCCCCAUCACAUGCACCUGCUUCAGCCGGGAUGGGCAGUGCAUCCUGGUGUCCAGCUUAGAUUCCACCUUGCGCCUGCUGGACAAAGACACUGGGGAACUGCUGGGCGAGUACACGAGUCACAAGAACCAAGAGUACAAGUUGGACUGCUGCCUGAGCGAGCGGGACACACACGUGGUCAGCUGCUCUGAGGAUGGGAAGGUGUACUUCUGGGACCUGGUGGAGGGUUCCUUGGCACUGGCUUUGCCUGUGGGUACCGGUGUGGUGCAGUCCCUGGCGUACCACCCCACAGAGCCCUGCCUCCUAACAGCCAUGGGGGGCAGCAUCCAUUGCUGGCGGGAAGAGGCCUUCGAAGCAGAGGAUGGGGCAGGCAGAGGCCAAGGACCAAUAUAGAUGCUGACGAACCAACAGAAACCAUUUAUUCCAGAGACAGUGUGGACCAUGGAGUUGGGAGGGGCUUGUAUACAAACUAAUAAAUAUGGAGGGGGCGUGGCCUUCCUGGCUCCU